UGGUACGGGACCUUUGGACUCCGUCGCGUUGCAUGCAACGGAGGAGUCCAACCUGGGCUAUAUAAAGUACAAUGCUCUCUUGUCUGAGUUGUUGGCCAUUGGAAUAACUUAUCAAAAUGAUAUUUGGUUGUGUUGACGGAGUGGACGACACCAAACGAGUUGACGGCAAGUAGCAGUAGGAUUGCGAGUGUAAAGUCAGGUUCAUACUUCCUGCAAAUGCGAAUGCAAUUAUGCGAUAGAACAAAUGGUGCCGAUUUCACAUGGCUGUUUAGCACUUGGCAAACUGAUGUGAACUAUUCCUUGCGAAUUUGGGGUGCAAAAUUAACAACGCAUUCACAUUCGCUUUCGCAGGAAGAAGUAUGAACCAGGCUUUACACUCGCAAUCAUCUCUUAACUAUUCUCACCCAUUCUAUACUCAGGUCCAGACGGACAUUCAAAGGUUUAUGACUCGCACGUCAUCCUCUAACAAUGACAAUGCGGCUAGCAUCAACCACAUCGUUGUCUUUCUACAGAGACCUCGGAGUGAGGGAGACCCCGAUCUGUUCCCCAUCCCCAACACUAAACUCGCAAUCAGAUCAAUUGUGGUUUUACCCUUUACACCGAUAUGUCCAGACGGACAUGCAACAGAUAGACGACACUCAUGUCCUCUUCAACAUUUUCAAUGCGGCUACCAUCAACCACAUCGUUGUCUUUCUGACCGGAACCGGAGCGUUUCCAGAGGGAAUGGGCGGGGCCAUCUACUUCAGUUGGCCGUCACCGGAGGGCGAAAUGGUCUGGAUGUUUCUCGGUUUCAUCACCAACGAAAAGCCAAGUGCCAUUUUUAAAGUAGUCGGCUUGAAGAAAGACGUCGACUUUGACCAGCUUCUCAGAGUUCUCCAUGAAGAUGUUGGAGAACUUCUACAACUACGCCUCGUGGUUCGGAAUCAACCAGUCGCAGAUGACACCCCAGCCAAAUGUCAGCUGGAUCCCCAUGACGGUCCUAGAUAAAUGGUUUCAGAACUUCAAGAAAAAAAUGGCGCAGGAUCAGAACUUUUGGAGGAAGUAACUGUACUUGUGUCAUUUUUGUAUUUUAACAAUUUUAAGAUUUGGGUACUAUUUGUAACACAAAACAUAAUGUCCACAG